GAUUCAGUCUGCAUCCGACCGCCGCGAGUGUCGCGUCGCGAAGCUGUGGUCGAUUCAUUCGGGGGGGACACGAGGCUCCAGUAACGAGUCAGUCGUGUGCGUGCGAGUGCGCGUGAUACGGCACUGCGCUUUCCCUUAUCCGGUGUCUAGCGUGCUCACCCCUUACCCCCUAUAGUAUCUCGUUGGUUUCGAGGCGGGUUGAUUGCCGGUCACGAAAACAGAGAGAAGAAGAGAAAAAAAAACAGUAGUGAAAAAUCACACAGCCCUUGGGGUGUAUCGGUGUUAGAGAGACAGACGGACAGACAGAGAAAGAGAGUGGGUCACUGAACGACCGUACGAAGGUAAGAAGAGAGAGAGAAAGAAAAAUAAAAGACAGAGAGGGAUUUUCGUCGUGACGACGUAUAUACACGUGCGAAAGCAGAGGAGAGACGUGAACACGCGCGUGCGCACCCGCGUAUCUCUCACACACACGCGCGCGCGCACGAGUAACAUAUACGUAUAUAUAUAUAUGUAUAUAUAUAUAUAUAUUGCACGUGUAUAUAUAUAUAUAUAUACAUAUAUACAUAUAUAUAUACAUAGCUGUAUACAGAGGGCGAGAGAGUGAAAAAGGGUGAAAGAGAAAGAGAGAGAGAGAGAAAGGGGGACGAUACGGCGCAGGAAGAGGCAAGAGAGCCAGUGACACCGGGAGGGUCGGGUGUUCCUCGUGCAAAACCGCCACCGGAAUAUAUGUCGUGAGUGUACGGCCGAAGAUCCGCGGAUAGAGGCCGGCAAUAGUGCGUGCGGGGCUUUAACCAGGGAAGACGAAAAAAAACGCAGAGGGACUCCGGGUGAAAAGCAAUGCGGGUUCAUUGACUGCGCGCCGCGCAAUGGCCGCAUGUUCGUGGCCGGUGCACAGUGCAUGUGUGACAGGAGCUACGAGGAGGAGAACGCCGAGGCCAAAGAUACCGGCUAACGUCGAACCCGAGACCCACUGAAAUUUUCUUCGGUGCUCCCGGUUGCCGAUCGAGGACGGGUUCUCGAUCGAAGCUACGAUAACGACGAACAACACUGGGAAUCUAAAAGCCGCUUUUUAGAUAGCGGACGAGAGGAGACGUCUCUGCCUUUCGUAGCCGACCAAUCCGGAGAUCCAGCGAUCGCGGUGUAGUCUCGAACUUGAUUACGCUGUCGCGAUAAAUCAUUCGUACCAAAGAGGUCUCUCGGGAGGAGACUCGAGCAAACAACGCCGAAGCAGGGAACGGUUCUCCUCGUUUGCUGCGAAAUCAUCGAAGUCUCGAUUACUCUCUCCUCGUCUAUGACGUUGUGUUACCAUUUGUCACGCACACACAGGCCAUAGCCCACAGUCACAAGCGACGGCGCACGCAUUGAAGAGUAGAUAUAAUCCAGACGCGUAGACGGAUCCUAGAGUAAACCGCGGACUUAAUGCUCGCGACCGGGUGCGAUCGUUUCGAAUCAUCGGCGUCGAAUCGCGGUAGCGAUAGUAACGCAAGCAGCAGCAGCAGCGAUCGCUGGCGAAAAUGCACCGUUGCUGACGAUCGUCGACGACGCCGGCAGCAGGUCUCACGUCGCGGUGCAUCAUCUUGUUGCUCGGUCGGGAUCGGUUUGAACGUAUUUAGGCAGCGGGACAACAGUGCGAAUAUUAUUCAGUACGCGUUUCCCGUCCUGCUCUCGUCAACAGAGCGCGUUGUUCAGCCAGUGGUGUACAGCCAGUGAGCGAAAGAUAAGCGGGAGAGGCGGGCAGCUAUAACCGGCAACCACACGGUGGACAUGAUUAUUUCAAAGGAUCUGUUCCUCUUUGGCGACCAAGAUUACCUGCGCCUUCCCAGUAACGAGAAGCGCCAGCCACGGGCAAUGGGACAACCAAUCAUCAAUGCUCCCAGAGUGGAAAGCUCAGCGUUGCAGUUGGUGUACCCGCUGGAUUCUCGUCCGGUGCAGCUAAUCUUCCGGGGGUUGCAGGUGGUCAAGGAGAAAAGACCCCUCCUUCGGGAUGUCUCGGGCGUCGUUAAACCCGGCGAGCUUCUCGCCGUCAUGGGCCCUUCAGGUUGCGGCAAAACCACGCUGCUGAACUGCCUGUCGGGCCGCGUGGGCGUCGACGGGGGUGAAAUCUGGCUGAAUCGCGAGAGGCUGACGAAGAGAUGGCGCCGAAGAAUCUGCUACGUGCAACAGCAGGACGUUUUCUUCCCCGAUCUGACGUUGCGGCAGACCCUCGAGUACCAGGCGAGGCUCAGGCUUCCGGACACGUUCUCGCACUCCCAGAAGAUGCAGUGCGUGGAUCAUAUCAUCGAGGUCCUCGACCUCGUCGGCUGCCAAGACACCAUUAUCGGAGAUUACACGAAACGGGGACUCUCCGGCGGCGAGAAGAAGAGGACGAGCAUAGCUUGCGAGCUGCUCACCAAUCCGUCGCUGAUGUUGCUCGACGAGCCGACCAGCGGGCUGGACUCGCAUUCAGCACAGGCGUUGAUUUCACGACUGAAGAAAUACGCGGAGCAAGAGGGCAAGAGCAUCGUGGUGACGGUGCAUCAGCCUAGUUCCAGGAUGUUCCACAGCUUCAACAAGCUCCUUCUGCUGAGCCGCGGCCAGGUGGCAUACUACGGCCAGACCUCGAAUAUCGGCAGGUUUUUCUCCACGAUAGGACUGACGUUGCUGCCUCAUUACAACCCGGCCGACUUUAUACUGGAGCAAAUAAAGGGGCCAGAGGAGGUUCGGGAACGGAUCGUGGCCGCGGCGAGGAACGCGAGACAGGGACCGGACUGCCCGCCGGAACUUCGCUCGGAAUAUAAUCCCAGCCAGCAUCCGCUCUGCGACCAUCUCAUCCAUUAUCACGAGCACCACAUCAGCCACAAUGUGAAAGAGGACGAGGGCCGCACACUCUGGCUGGACACGCAAAGCCAUACCAGCAGCAGCGCCAGCUCCGCCGACGAGGAUUACGCCUGGCAGUGGCCCACCAGUUUCUGGUCGCAAUUCAAAGUAUUAUCAGAACGAAACUUUCAAGAAGCACGGCCACGGAUGCUGUCCCGCCUGAAUUGGCUGCAAACGAUAGCCCUCGGUCUGCUCGCUGGCCUGCUCUGGCUGAGGCUUCCCAGAACCGAAGCGGCCCUCCACGACAUCCAAGGCUGGAUGUUCUUCAGCACCACGUACUGGAUGCUGUUCGCGCACUUCGGCACACUCUCCAGUUUUCCUCCUGAACGCGAGGUAAUCAACAAGGAGCGAUUGUCGGGAUCGUAUCGGCUCUCGGCCUAUUACCUGGCGAAAAUGGUCGGCGAGCUACCGCUUACGAUUACCCUGCCCGCGGUCUACCAUAUCAUUAGUUACCCGAUGUUGGGCUUCCACAGUCCGGCAGUUUUCGUCACCCUGCUGGCGUUCCUUUUGCUGAACACCGUUGUCGCGCAGAGCGUGGGAUUCUUCGUCGGCGCCUGCUGCCUGGACCUGCAGGUGAGCAUAACAGCGUCAGCGUUGUACACGCUCGCCACACAGCUACUCGGCGGCUAUUUGGCGACAGCGGUUCCGCCGUGGCUCGCGUGGGCCAGAUACGCGAGCAUGGUGCACUACGCCUAUCAGAACAUGCAAAUCCUGGAAUUCGGCGUCGGCGAGCCGAUCACAUGCUCGCAGCCAAGCAAGUUCCCGGAGUGCAGGAACGCCACCACGAUCCCGGUGUCGGCCAUCUUGGAGAGCCAAGGGGGCAGGGGUUCCGGUCUUCCUCUCUGGGCGAACACGGCCGUUCUGCUCGCGUUCCUGGUGAUAUUCCGCACCCUCGGCUACCUGGUUCUCCGUUACUACCGCGUGCCGAAGUGAGCCACCAUGUCGCGGGAACCAUGAAGAGACUCGCCACUUCGUCUCCGAUCGGACGGACGAUCGACGAUGGAUCGACGGACACGCGCCGCGACGGCCUCGCCCCGUUGCGCCAACGGGGACUUACGAACGCCCGCCGACUCUAUAACUCACCCCUCGUUUCCGCUCGCCGGGAAUCGUAGCUCGCAGAACUGAGAAACGACACGCAGCAGCGCGAAAAGUUUAUUUUUACAGGAGAAUGAGAGAAUAGGGCUCGACGAAACCCAGGCCGCGAUGCCGAUCGCCUCUGAAAACGCGACCUCUUGCCGCACGGCAUUCUAGAACCCCGCGACGAACCCUCGCUCUCGCGGAUUUCCACGGACUCCGGGGGAGCUGUUGCUGUUGCUAUCGUAGAUCUCGCGGCCGUCAGCUUCGCCGACUAUUUCUAAUUCUUCGACUAACUGCGAUCAUCUCGAGCAGACCGUCGCCUCGCGCGGAGGCUGUCGCCGAAACGGUCGCUCUGCUUCUCGAGAGCGGUCAUCGUUCCCGCAGCAGAUCCGCCGGAGUCUAGAUCGAUCUAGCGAGAAAAUUAGCGCGACGAUUAGCGUGACGAUUAGCGAGAAUAACCUGGACGCGCUCGCGAGAGCAGAUCCACCGUGUCCGGCGUGUUCGGGCGUCGCCGCGAACUCGGGACCGUUUUCCCGAGGACAGAAGCUAGAUCGACGAACAAAUAAAUGGUAGAACGGUACGCUGAAGAGGAGGGUGACCGUCGCAGCGACCGAGGGGCUCGGUUUUCAGAGGGGUCCGCAGGGGCCGCGACACUAUUUUACUUACCGAUUUAGCGACUAUUUUUCUUAACACGCCGCACGCAGGACUAGCAUACCUCGUCUAGCCGGGUGACCGUCGACCGGGAAACGACGGGUGAGGAAAAUAAAACGUAGACCGGCCCCCCGAGUGGGGAACUCGGGGGUGCUCCUUCGGGGACGAUGGGACACGCCGCGUGUCUCUCUCGAGCUUCGAGGACGGUGGGCGCGCGUUUCCGGUGGCGCAGCGGCCGAGACGCGCGUUAAUUAACCGAUAAGGAUUCUACACGUAGAGAAGAAAAAAAAAAGAAACUGUUUCUACUAUAUCACGCCGAGGUGGAUGGCUGAGAGAACGAGUGAACGAGAACGGGCCCCCGUGGCACCGGUGAGAAUGAGCGACGCGCGACUGGUUCGACUCCAUUCUUUUAAUUUUCUUGCGGCAAGAAGGGUAUAAUAGGCAGGGAAACCGAGGAACAACCCAUCGACACCGAACGAGAGUGUGAGAGAGAGAGAGAGAGAGAGAGAGAGAGAGAGAGAGAGAUCGACCGAGCAACAGUGCAAAAGCGUUUCGAUGCGAACGGGGGAUACGACGACGAGGGGGAGAACAACGGGCAAGGGUGGUUUUUUUCCGGGUGGGAGGAGAAGAAAAUCGACGCGGCGCAGAGGGUCGCCGCAUCACCGACUGAAAAAAAAAAUAUGAAAAAGAAAUCGCGUUUGUAUACAAUACAUAGUACCAGGUACCAUUUCUUAUAUCGCGAACGAAGCGUAGGUUGAGCGCGGACACACCGAGAUACACACACGGAACGCCGACACACCGUGAAACAGAGAUCAAUUCGUAGGAUUAGAGGACACGAGGCGCGGGGGUGCUGCGGAAUUCACCGUCCCUGCCCUCCGCCCUUCUUUUUUGCGACUAUCCGGAUGUAACACCGUGGACACACGUACACACACACAUGUACACAGAAAACACACAAGGACAUUUCUUUUUACUUUUAUUACCGCAGAAGAGUUGCUACAUUUUAAAGAUAUUCGCCCUAGAUGGUAAGGUGAACUGCUAUUCAUUGCUACCGCUACUAUUACUACUACUAUUACCACUACUACUACUACUACUACUAUUACAACUACCACUACUACUACUA